AUGUGCGACAGCGCGUACGCGCUCUCGAGGUCCCCGCGAGAGGCGAGCCACUGCACCGCGCGUCGUAUGACCGCCAACGUCCCUUGUCUCACGUCCGGAGGACCGUCGCGGGCGAGGCGCCAGGCCGCGGGCGCGGCGGUCUCGAUCGUCGACUCCGCGGACGACGCGUUUUCCGCGCGACGCAUCGCGUCGACGACGAGAGCCUCCAGCGCGGGCAGGUCCUUCGCGGCGUUGGCGAUCUCUAUGGAAUGCGCGGUCGCCAUUUCCCACGACCGCGGCCGCAGCGAGCGCGGAUGGUCGUCGCGGCGCGCCGAGGUGUGCGUCGGGUUUCAAACCGAGGCUCGACUACCUGACUCCGGUCUCGGACGGACCAAGACAGGAACAGAAGCCACGUCGAGGCGGCGUGCCUCGACGUGA